AUGUCAAGACGCUUCGACCCAAUGCAACCUCACGGCUGCCUCGACACAAACACCGCGAAUCGCACCUGUAGCGUGAUUGAUGAAGCCUAUGAUGAUUAUGACUACGAGAGCGGAGGAUGCAAUGUCUCGACGCUCGUAGAAUCGUUGGCUGAUCUCUUGCUUCGCAACAAGAGACGCAACGGUAUCCUCGUGACAACCGUUGCAAUGAGGCUGUGCAAAGUCAUGAAUACGAAACGCGCCUGUCUCGAAGUUGUUGCCGCCGGCGGCCAUACUCUCCUCAUUGCAGGCCUAAAAGAGCUGGUGGACAAUGAAAAUAUUGCUCGCAUUCUGAGUUCUUGUCUCUCUUGUUUCACCUUGAACUUUAGGAAGUUCUGCCGUGGUCAGCUGGGCGUAUUCUACGAGAUGCACCAGCAGGGAGGCACCCACGCAGUCGUCCACGCAAUGGCCAGGCAUCCAACCAAACAGGAUCUGCAGGUCACGGGCAUCACCUUUAUCACAAACAUGGUGUUGUGUGGUCACCAUCUUGGAGGUCCAAUCAAACGUGCGUAUGUGGCCCAUGAUGUCGUGAACAAUCUACAAGGUGUGAAAGUCGUGGUAAACGCUAUGAAAUCCUUCCCUCGGUACAAACUAUUGCAGCGAAACGCCUGCGUUUUGUUGGCGACACUGUGCCGAUUGGGAUCAUUCCGGCACAAUACAGAGGUGAUGAAGACAGAGGCGUUUGUUGGGGUCUCCCUUGCCGCGGAGAACUUUCCAACUGAUCCCAAAGUCCGAGAGGCGGCUGACUUGUUCAUGAGAGAGGUAGUUGCUGUCGACUUCCUCCGUGGAUUGUGGUGUCCUGUGAUCUACCAGCCAUGA